AUGAGGACUUCUUUAGCUUGGAUUUCUUAUUUAAUUUUGUUCCUUACCGAACUGGGUGCCUCCCAGUUUUUAGAGGAACCGUGUGGAGCACCACCUAACGUGGGAUUCAAAAUUUUCGGUGGAGAAAAUGCCAAAAACCAAGAAGCUGCAUGGAUGGCUGCCGUUAGUAACAGCAAAAGAUUUCUGUGUGGUGGGACUCUGAUUCACAGACGCUUUGUAUUAACUGCUGCACAUUGCAUUUUUAACCAAAAUAGCCUACAAGUGAAGUUGGGAGCAUAUAACAAAACCCAGCCCACCGCAGUGUUCAAUGUCAUUAAAGGAAUAAUUCAUCGAUUAUACAGAAAUCAAUUAGCUUCCGAAAAUGACAUAGGGUUGCUUAAGCUGUCCAGAAGCGUAUCCUACGGUCCCAAUAUCCAGCCAGUCUGCAUUAUUUUGGAUAAGAAUUUUAAGAGCCAAGUAGAUCACACGAUGAGUUUCAAAGCCUUUGGAUGGGGUCUUAAAAAAAAUUUGCAGGAAAGCGAUAUACUUCAAACGAUUAUCCUCAACCGUUUAAAUCCAUUCCAGUGUCGUCAGAGCUUUGGCUUGUGGCCCAGUUUGCAGCAGAUAUGUGCCGGUGCUUCAUACGGAGACACCUGUGAUGGCGAUUCUGGUGGUCCAUUGAUCAACAAUAUCACUGUUCCACGAAUCGGAAAUCUCGCAACCCAGCUGGGGAUCGUGAGCUAUGGUUUGAAAGGGUGCAAGGGACAUGGAGUGUAUACCGAUGUGACGAGCUAUGUGGACUGGAUUGAGGCUACAAUAAAAGAGAAUGAGGAUGACGAUGCGUCACAACCCCGCAUACCCUUAAGGACUCCCAAGGAUCAAGACAAGUGGUUAUACAGAGAAUGCGGUGGUGAUUCGAUAGCUUCGCAUUUAAUUGCAAAUAUUUAUGGAAUUGAUUUCAAGGCCCUGGGGGUGAUGAUCACAGACCGCGGAUUUAAGCCAAUCUGUAUGCUUGCCAAAAUGGGAGACCAGCGGAAAGAAUCUAGUGCACCCUUUACUUUAUUUUACUAUGUGAGAACAUAUGAAGGCUUGAAAACUUUUGAUGUUAGCGUUGCAAUUGUCAACAGCUACGAAUGUUCAUACAGAAUUCAGAGAACAAUCGAGGCGAAUCAAUUUUGCGUAGAAGCACCACCUGGAACAAGUCAGUAUUAUGGAAACCCUGGCGACAUACUGGGAAAAAAGGUUAUGCAUAAGGGAAGGGAACGGUUUGUUAUGAUUGGUAUAAUCAGUUAUGGAUAUAAUAAUCUGCAUGUUGUUACAAACGUUAUAAGACAUACAGGGUGGAUCGAUAAUACGGUUAGGUUUAAUUAA